UCUCGCCAAGGAUCCUAUUUGGGAAUCAAUCCAAAAGCAGGAACCUCCUUCUUUGCAUCCAGGAGCAAAACCAAAGCUGUUGGAACACUUUUUUUUUUUAAGGAGUGGGACCUCUCUCUCCCCCCCCCAGGAGCAUCUUUGCCUCCACCUGUGAGCUCGCAGGCUCCAGAGGGAAGGAAGGAAGGGAGAUAAUUACUGCCACCUGUGAGGAUUAUUAAGCCAGCAUGGCGCACGCCGCCUCGCAGCUGAAGAAGAAGGCGGACGAGAACCUGGUGGCCGCCGAGGAGGAGAAAGAGAAGGAGAGGAAGAGAGCCAAGAGACGCCUGCGAGAUGUCAGGAAGAAGCCUGACGUCAAUGCCUGCUACCUGCGAGCGGCCCGCGCCGGCAACUUGGAGAAGGCGCUGGACUACCUGAAGAAUGGAGUGGACAUCAACAUCUGCAACCAGAACGGCCUCAACGCCCUGCACCUGGCCUCCAAGGAGGGUCACCUGGAGGUGGUGGCGGAGCUCCUGCGGCGGGGCGCCAACGUGGACGCCGCCACCAAGAAAGGCAACACGGCGUUGCACAUCGCGGCGCUGGCGGGCCAGAUGGACGUGGUGAAGGAGCUCGUCUCGCAUCACGGGAACAUCAACGCGCAGUCACAGAAUGGCUUCACGCCGUUGUACAUGGCGGCGCAGGAGAACCACUUGGAGGUGGUCCAGUACCUGUUGGACCACGGGUCCAGUCAGAGCAUCGCCACUGAGGACGGCUUCACCCCGCUGGCGGUGGCGCUGCAGCAGGGCCACGACCAGGUGGUGUCGCUGCUCCUGGAGAACGACACCAAGGGCAAGGUCCGCCUGCCGGCGCUGCACAUCGCCGCCAGGAAAGACGACACCAAGGCCGCCGCCCUCCUGCUGCAGAGCGACCACAACGCCGACGUGGAGUCCAAGAUGAUGGUGAAUAGGACCACGGAGAGCGGCUUCACGCCUCUACACAUCGCCGCUCACUACGGGAACAUCAACGUGGCGACUCUGCUGCUCAACAGAGGAGCCGCCGUCGACUUCAAGGCACGGAAUGACAUCACACCGCUGCACGUGGCCUCCAAGCGUGGGAAUGGCAACAUGGUGAGACUUCUGCUGGAGAGAGGAGCCAAGAUAGAAGCACGCACCAAGGACGGUCUGACUCCGCUGCACUGCGGUGCCAGGAGUGGACACGAGCAGGUGGUGGAGAUGCUGCUGAACCGAGGCGCACCCAUCCUCUCCAAGACCAAGAACGGCCUCUCCCCGCUGCACAUGGCCACGCAGGGCGACCACCUCAACUGUGUCACGCUGCUGCUGCACCACGAGGCGCCCGUGGACGACGUGACCAACGACUACCUGACGGCGCUGCACGUGGCCGCCCACUGCGGACACUACAAGGUGGCCAAGGUCAUCGUGGACAAGAAGGCCAACCCCAACGCCAAGGCCCUGAAUGGUUUCACUCCGCUGCACAUCGCCUGCAAGAAGAACCGAGUCAAGGUGAUGGAGCUCCUCCUCAAGCAUGGAGCCUCCAUCCAGGCCGUCACUGAGUCCGGCCUGACUCCCAUCCACGUGGCGGCCUUCAUGGGCCACGAGAACAUGGUCCACCAGCUCAUCAACCACGGAGCCUCACCCAACACCAGCAACGUGAGAGGCGAGACUGCUCUCCACAUGGCUGCUAGGGCGGGCCAGUCUAAUGUGGUCCGAUAUUUGGUCCAGAACGGUGCGCGGGUGGAUGCCAAGGCCAAGGACGAGCAGACGCCGCUGCACAUCGCCAGUCGUCUUGGCAAACUGGACAUCGUCCAGCUGUUGCUGACCAAAGGGGCGUGUCCUGACACCACCACCAGCUCCGGCUACACCCCCCUGCACCUGGCCGCCCGGGAGGCUCACCGGGAGGUGGCGGCGGCGCUGCUGGACCACGGAGCCAACCUGGGCAUCACCACCAAGAAGGGCUUCACUCCUCUUCACGUGGCAGCAAAGUACGGCAAGUUGGACGUGGCCAACCUUCUCCUGCAGAAGAACGCUGCGCCAGACGCUGCCGGGAAGAGUGGACUGACUCCCCUCCACGUGGCGGCGCACUACGACAACCAGAAGGUGGCGCUGCUGCUGCUGAAGCAGGGGGCGUCGCCACACGCUGCCGCCAAGAAUGGCUACACGCCGCUACACAUCGCCUGCAAGAAGAACCAGAUGGAGAUCGCCACCACGCUGCUGGAGUACGGCGCCUCCACCAACAGCGUGACGCGGCAGGGCAUCACGCCGCUGCACCUGGCCUCCCAGGAGGGUCACGUGGACCUGGUCACGCUGCUGCUGGCGCGCGACGCCGCCGUCAACGCCGCCAACAAGCACGGCCUGACGCCGCUCCACCUGGCAGCCCAGGAGGACAAGGUCAACGUGGCCGAGGUCCUGGUCAACCACGGAGCCACGCCCGACCCUGAGACCAAGCUGGGCUACACCCCCCUGCACGUGGCCUGUCACUAUGGCAACGUGAAGAUGGUCAACUUCCUGCUGAAAAACCAGGCCAAGGUCAACCCAAAGACCAAGAACGGCUACACACCUCUUCACCAGGCCGCUCAGCAAGGACACACACACAUCAUCAACCUGCUGCUGCAUCACAAGGCCUCACCCAACGAACUCACCACGAACGGGAACAGUGCUCUGUCCAUCGCCAGGAGGCUGGGCUACAUCUCAGUGGUGGACACACUCAAGGUCGUCACAGAGGAGACGCUGACCACUCAGACGGUGACGGAGAAACACAAGAUGAACGUUCCGGAGACCAUGAACGAGGUGUUGGACAUGUCUGAUGAUGACGUGUGUAAAGUUCCUGCCAGCAUCCCAGAGGACAAUUUGUCUGAUGUGGAUGAUGAAGAGGUGCAUUAUGGGAAUGUCUGCAUCAACUACUGCUGUGAGGACGCCAUGACGGGGGACACGGACAAGUACCUGGCCCCCCAGGACCUGCGGGAGCUGGGCGACGACUCUCUGCCCCAGGAGGGCUACAUGGGCUUCAGUGUGGGCGCUCGCUCGCAGAGCCUGCGUUCCUUCAGUUCUGAUAGGUCCAACACUCUCAACCGCAGCUCCUUCACGCGGGACAGCAUGAUGAUCGAGGAGAUGCUGGCGCCCAGCAGGGACUUGAUGCUCUGCAAGGAAAAGUCAUUGAGGGUAGAAGACCACAACAAGCACCUGGCGGCGGCCAAAGACCAGGACCAGGACUCCUUGAGGAGGUACAGCUGGACGCCAGAGACCAUGGACAACAUCAACAUGGUCUCCUCACCUGUCCACUCUGGUUUUUCCUCUCCGCUCCCGCAGUACGACAGCAGGUUCCUGGUCAGCUUCAUGGUGGACGCCCGGGGCGGCUCCAUGCGGGGGAGUCGCCACAACGGCAUGCGCAUCAUCAUCCCGCCCAGGAAGUGCACGGCGCCCACGCGCAUCACCUGUCGCCUGGUCAAGCGCCACAAGCUGGCGUCGCCGCCCCCCAUGGUGGAGGGGGAGGGCCCGGCCAGCCGGCUGGUGGAGGUGGGCCCGGCCGGCGCUCAGUUCCUGGGUAAGCUCCAUCUUCCCAGACAGCCGCCGGCUCUUAAUGAAGGCGAGAGCCUGGUUAGUCCAGUUCUCCAGCUGGGACCCCGAGGAACUAGAUUUGUUGGGCCCGUGAUAGUGGAGAUCCCCCACUUUGGCUCCAUGCGGGGGCAGGAGCGAGAACUCAUCCUACUGCGGAGCGAGAACGGAGAAGCCUGGAAGGAGCACCUGUACGACUGUAAGACCGAGGACCUGCGUCAGCUCCUCAACGGCAUGGAUGAAGAACUGGACAAUAUGGAGGAGCUGCAGAAGAAGAGGAUCUGCCGCAUCAUCACCAAGGACUUCCCCCAGUACUUUGCCGUGGUGUCUCGGAUUCGGCAGGAAACCAAUCAGAUGGGUCCUGAGGGCGGGACGCUCUGCAGCCGGAGUGUCCCGUUGGUACAGGCCUCCUUCCCUGAGGGGGCGUUAACCAAAAAGAUCAAGGUUGGACUGCAGGCCCAGCCUGUACCAGACGACACCGUGAAAAAAAUCCUGGGUAACCGAGCCACCUUCAGCCCAAUUGUGACGGUGGAGCCCAGAAGGAGGAAGUUCCAUAAGCCCAUCACAAUGACGAUUCCGGUCCCACCCCUCUCAGGGGAGGGUCUUUCCAACGGGUACAAAGGAGACUGCACUCCAUGCCUACGCCUUCUUUGCAGCAUCACAGGCGGUACUUCGCCGGCACAAUGGGAGGACAUCACAGGCACGACCCCUCUCACCUUCGUCAACGACUGCGUCUCCUUCACGACCAACGUCUCGGCCAGGUUCUGGCUAGCGGACUGCCACCAGGUCCCGGAGACGGUGGGUUUGGCCUCGCAGCUGUACAGGGAGCUGAUCUGCGUGCCCUACAUGGCCAAGUUUGUGGUCUUCGCCAAGAUGAACGACUCGCUGGAGUCCCGGCUGAGGUGUUUCUGUAUGACGGACGACAAGGUGGACAAGACACUGGAACAGCAGGAGAACUUUGAGGAGGUGGCCAGGAGCAAAGACAUCGAGGUUCUAGAAGGUCGGCCCAUUUACGUGGAUUGUUACGGCAACCUGGCUCCUCUGACCAAAACUGGUCAGCAGUUAAUUCUCAACUUCUACGCCUUCAAGGAGAACCGGUUGCCCUUUUGCGUCAAGGUUCGAGACCCCAGCCAGGAGGCGUGCGGGCGUCUGAGCUUCCUGAAGGAGGUGAAGGGCGCCAAAGGCCUCCCGCAGACGGCGGUGUGCAACCUGAACAUCACGCUGCCCGCCGCCAGAAAGGAAAUGGAGUCAGAUGGCGAGGAAGAGACUGAAAAGCCCGAGCGACGUCAUACCUUUGCAUCUCUAGCCUUACGUAAGCGCUACAGCUAUCUGGCCGAGCCUGCACUGAAAACAGAAGUUGAGCGAAGCACACCAGCAAGAACACUGCCUGCUGGUCACCCUCACAAACCUGUCUUUCCAACCAGACCUUACCCACCAUGGUCGACUGCUCCUCUUACCGUCCCUGGCCAAGCAAGGCUCGGCGGAGUGGGGGGUUCCGUCACCACUGCCGAUUCACCGGCCGGCUCAGCAGCUUCUUCUCCACUGAAAUCUCCCUGGCCCUUUUCCCCAUCACCUGCAUGUUCUGCACCUAUUAGAUCCACCAUGGGAUCGCCACUUCAAGCACCUAACUUGUCCUCCUCUCCAGUUAGUGACAAAGUGCCCUCAUCCCCCUUGAGGUCUUACAGGACUAUGCCAUCACCCAUUAAAACAGUUGUCCAGCAGAGUCAGUAUCCAGUUCAAGCCUCUGCCAGCUUGGUGUCCUCUGGAAGUCCGUGUAAACCUGCUACAGAGCCUGCAUCUAUCAGAAGUUUUUCUUCGGCAUACACGUCAAGGACCUCCCCAGUUCACUCAAUAGCCAAUGGUUACGUGCCAGAUAAGUUGUCUUCACAUUCAGCUCCAGUAUCACCAAAGACACCAUAUAACAUCUACAGUUCUUUUAAGAUAGAUCCAGGAGCACCAAAUCCUGCCUCCGCCAAAAGCAUCUCCAGCCUAUCCUCUUUGAAAACCUCUUCUGAUUCCACUCUUUCCCCGCGAGGGGGGAAGUCCACCCUAUCGUCGCUCUCCUCCACUGGGAGGACAACCAUUGCUUCAUCAGAAUUGUCCAUGAGGAACGGAAACACCUCACCUGUAAAAUAUCCAUCGUCCUCGUCCACGCCCUCUUCACCUUCUUCUCGGCUUCUGUCAGAGAGGAGUAGUAGCCUUCAGGAGAGGAUCCAAGCCACGACGCAGGCAGCAACGUCUGGCAUCAGCGCCGCCAUAAACGAAGCCAUUGACUCGUACUCUGUGUCGGGCUACGGCACUCUCAAAUCGCUGUCUUCCCCUCGUAGAACUGCCACAGCAAGCUCUGCUUACGGUUCUCUGAGAUCUGAAGCGUCCCCCACAGGCUCUACGGUUUCUUCGAAUACAGUCACUAUCCCUGUUUAUUCAUUGCUUAAUGUCAUGGUAGACACCCCUGUCAAACCAGGGCCUGGGUCUCUCAAAAUGUCAUUCCCCAAUUCCCCUCGAGCCCCGCCCUCUUCCUCUAUGUCUUCCUGCGUUACGACCUCAAAAAUCAACUCCCAAUUAAAAUCGCCUCCUUUCAUCACUCCUCCCAUUGUCCAUUCCGCAGCUUCCAACCAGGAGAUACUGAAAGAUGUAGCUGACAUGAAAGAGGACCUCAUGAGGAUGACGGCUAUCUUACAGACAAACACGCAGACAGCAGCUAAAACUGUCCAAACGUCUCUCACGAGCACUCCUCAAGAGACCAAGUUAGAUGACGAUGAGCCGUAUACGCUUGUGGAGAAAGUGAAAAAGGAUUUAGUGAAAGUCAGUGAGAUUUUACAGAAGGACAUUGUGAGUGAAAGGAAGUCUAUAGAGAGAGUAGAAGAGGAGGAGGGGUGGGAGGAAUUUUCUAUAGAUGAGCUUGAGGAAGCCCAAAGAAGCGUAGUCUCUUAUGAGGACACGCGUCUUCGUAAGCCGCAGUCAAAUAAUGAGCUGGAAUUGGCUAAAGUGGUUGACUUUCUAACUAGCGACAUUGGCGCUAGUUCUCUCUCUAAAAUGGCAGAAGUGAGAAGUAGGUAUGAGGAGGAGGUGAAAGGGGAAAGGGAGGAGAAACAAAAGCGUGUCCUCAAACCAUCCAUGACAAUACAGGAGCAUAAACUGAAAAUGCCUCCCCCAGUCUCAGGCAUGCUCAGAUCUCCAUCAGAGAAAGACCUAAGCAAGCUUGCUGAGUCAUAUCAGGGGGCAGACACUAUUCUUGAAUCACCAGAGGAGCUGUCUCACGAGCAGGACAAGAGUCCUCUGUCUGACAGCGGCUUUGAGACCAGGAGUGAAAAGACCCCUUCUGCUCCCCAGAGUGCAGAAAGCACAGACCCCAAGCCUUUAUUCACAGAUGUUCCUAUCCCCCCAAGUGUCCCCGAAAGCAGGUCUGACGUGGUCGACAUUCAAAGUUACGAGCACCCUUUUGAUGAGCCGCUUCUCAUGGAGGAAGCUGUGUCUGAUUUUCCGUCAACAAGCUCAGCUUCGGCCGUUCAGAUGAAAGUUCCUGAGGAGGACUCAAUGAGCAUGUGUCUAAAAGAGGAAACUCAGAUUACUACUACAACUAGAAUGGUCUAUCACAAACCUCAGAUCACUGAGGGCGCCGAGGGUAUCGAGGAAGCCAUGUCAGUUCGAGACAUCAUGAAAGCCUUCCAGUCUGGUAGGGACCCAUCCAAGGAACUUGCAGGGCUUUUUGAACAUAAAGCUAGCCAGGACUCUGUCAAAGGUGACGAGCUAUCUCCGCGGUUCCUUGACAGAGACACUAAAUCCAAACCCAAAGUAGAAAGGAUAAUUGAGGUUCAUAUUGAGAAGGGCCAUGGCACCGCAGAGCCAACUGAGGUUUUUAUCAGAGAAACUAAGAAACACCCCGAGAUGUAUGUCUACAAAAGGGACAGGAGCAUCAAGGAACUGCUUGAUUACGAGGAGAACCAACAGGAAGAGGAGGAGCUUAUUGUCGAAGAAUCCUUGCCUCUUUUCCUGGAAACAUCCCGCGUUAACACCCCAGUGUCCCAGGAGGACGACAGUCGCCCAAGUUCUGCUCAGCUGAUGGCAGAUGAUUCAUACAAAGCCCUGAAACUGCUCAGUCAGCAGUCCAUAGAAUACUGCGAUGAUGAGCUAUCAGAGAUCAGAGGGGAGUCUUACGAAUUUGCUGAGAAAAUGCUCCUCUCAGAUAAACUUGACCCAGCGUCAACGUGUCACUCAGACACAGAAGAUUCUGCAAUGAUGGCUGACAAAGACUUAACAUCCGAUGACAUAAAUCAACAGCAUGCUAGCCCUAAAAGAUCAAAGGAUGGUUCUCUAAAACAGGGCACAUUUUUGCACAGAGAUGAAGCGCCGCAGUUUGAUAAAGUUACAGUGCUCCAUUAUUCAACAGAACAGGGUAGUCCCAAGCGUGCUGUUUGGAUGAGAUUUACAGAGGACAAACAUGACAGAAGCAGGGACAAGCUCCUCUAUGAGGAUCGAGUAGACCAAUCUGUGAAAGAAGCGGAAGAAAAGCUCUGUGAAGUUUCCCAAUUUUUCCGUGAGAAAACAGAAAAGCUCAAUGAUGAGCUUCAGUCACCUGAGAAAAAGCCUGUGAGGCGACAAUUAAAAGAACCGAGGUCCUGGCCCACUUCAGCUUGCAGCAGUCCGCAGAAAACUAAGGCAGACGAGGAGGGAGUCUAUAAAAGCAAACUCAGGGAGCCUUCUGUCUCUAGAACAUUUGACAGCAUUCAACCAGCUGAAAAGAAAAGCUCCAGCUUGCCAAGCAGUCCUCAUAAAAGCGAUACAAUUAAACAAAAAACUAGGAUCAGUGAAUCUGAACCUUCCUCUCCUGCCCACAUAGCAUCAACGUCCAAAGUCAGCUCUGUAAGGUUGAAGUAUGAAUCUGAAUCUCAGAGAAAAGGUCAGUCCAGUCCAAUCAAAAUCCCCCCUCCAGUUCAGCCAAAACCUUCUAUUAAGUCAUUACAAGAGAGCAAACUCCCUGUUUACCAAUUUGUAGCUGACAGAAAAGCAUCUAAAGUUAGUGAAACGUCUCAAAAGGAAAGCUCCUAUAGUAGUAAUGAUAAUAAAUGUGACAAAGCUGAUUCAAUAUCAGCUCAUUCCCCAAAACACAGUGGUGAUACUUUAGUGAACAGAAAUCUCCCAAAUCUCUCACUGCAGAGACAAAGUAGCCUCGUCGGGCCUGAGAAAGCCACCAGUAAAGUCAAAGAUGCUCAUUGUGUCAUCACUCAGGAAGUUAACGUUGGCAGUAAUAUCCCUGAGAAAGAGAAGUAUGUUAAAACAUAUCAAGCAGCUGAUUUUUCAAGAAAAGAGGGUGAGGAAAUAACAAAUAAAAAUGACAGAAAACAAUUAGACUCACACAUUCCUGUAAGAACAGCAACCAGUUUUAAUGAUAAUGACCUCCCAAAGACGCAUUCUGUUACAAAACCCUCACAGAUACCUACGCUAUCUAAAAGUAGAAGCCUUGAAAAGACCUCAGCGAAAACAAACAAAACUUUUGAAAUUCUUGAUAACACUCCUAAAGAUUCCAACUCCAAUAACUUAGUCAGUUCAAAAGACAUUCUGGAGAAGGUAAUUACCCCUCCGGCUGAUGCAGCAACCAAAGAGAACUUUAGGGGCAUGAAAACGUUGCCUGUUUACGUCAGCCUCCAGGUGGGCCGUCAGGCUGAGCGGGAAGCCAAAGGGGCGCUGCAUGCCAUCAAACAGGACUCGGCACUUCCCAUAAGCCCAGAUGACGACACACUAGAACAGAUCUCUUUCAUAGAUAGCUCAGGGAAAAGCCCCCUCACGCCAGAGACCCCAAGCUCUGAGGAGGUCAGCUAUGACCUCACCGCCAGGACCCCCGAUGGCUUCUUGGCAUUAGUGACAGGUCAACCGAGCCCCAUCAUGGAGGUAUCUGAAGAAUUAGAAGAUGACGAGCAAGGCAGAGACAUUUUUUACUUUAAAGAUCCCCCAACCGAAAGCAAAGCUCAAGCGGACCUUGUUAAUGCUAACAUGCUAGAAACUAAAAUGACUGAUAACUAUCAAAGAUUAGAAAAUAUAUCCAUCCUGCAAGAAAACACAAUCAACGGCUAUGAUGAAAAAACAGUUCGGGAUGUCUCAAAAGACAAAGGGGUGGCAUACAUCGAAUUCCCUCCUCCCCCUCCUUUAGAUCUCUCGGAAACGUCUGAUCCAGACAGGAAAGGUUCUUGGGCUUCAUCAGAAACUGAAACAGAAAUGAUGGAAGUGAAUUUACAGGAGGAACAUGGCAAGAAGAUGCUGACUGAGCCAAUAAUACGUAUUCAGCCUCCUUCGCCAGUGCCCCCUGAGGGAGAUGAUAGUCAGUCAAAUGGGGAAGACGAUGAUGAAGAGUCAAUCUUCCAUUCGAUUCCCAGAAAGAAGUUUACCUUCAAUGCUCCCGGGGAGGAAGAAGAGAGGAGGGAGAAAUGUAAAAAACAAGACAAAAAUGGAAACAUCAAUGACCCUGUGGUUGGAACCAAUGGCUUUAAUGACACCAAUGGUUCUAACGGCAAGGGAGAGGACUAUGAUUUUGAACAAAAUGGAAAUGACCAGUCCAUUACGGACUGUUCACUUGCCACAACAGCUGAAUUUUCCCAUGACACUGAUGCCACAGAGAUAGACUCAUUAGAUGGAUAUGAUCUCCAAGACGAGGAUGAUGGUCUGUACGUACAAGCUGAUUUAAAGUCAUUAGGAACCCCUGAUAGCAGGCGAGAUGUCUGGGCGCCCGACACAUUUAGAUCUAUAGAGCGUUCUUUUCCUCAGACUAAACUUGAAGUUAUUGAAGAGGAGAAAACUCCAGAGGAAUGUCCAAAGGACCAGAGAGACAUUUCUUUCGAUGGUGAAAGACCGAAUAAUGGUCCUGAAAUCAACCAACAGAAACAUUCAGCUAAAGAAGGUUUUUCAAAUGCCUACUUUAGUUAUAAGUUAGAAGAGGAGUUUAAUUCUCCUUUUAAGACAGUCGCCACUAAAGGCCUGGACUUUGACCCCUGGCCCAACAAAGGCAGUGAAGAAGACGUUGUCGACAUGGAAGGCAUGCAGGAAGGCAAUGGCGAGCCUAAGCCUUUUGGGCUGGCAGUCGACGACCAGUCUCAGGCCACCACGCCAGACACCAGCCUGGCCCGAACGCCCACUGACGAUAGCACACCCACGAGCGAGCCAAAUCCCUUCCCAUUCCACGAGGGAAAGAUGUUUGAGAUGACACGCAGUGGUGCGAUUGACAUGAGCAAGAGGGACAUGGUGGAGGAGAGGCUCCAGUUUUUUCAGAUUGGUCCUCAGAGUCCCUGCGAGAGGACAGACCUCCGCAUGGCCAUAGUCGCAGACCACCUGGGACUCAGCUGGACCGAGCUGGCCCGGGAGUUGGACUUCUCGGUGGAGGAGAUCAAUCUGAUCCGGGUGGAGAACCCAAACUCCCUGACUGGGCAGAGCUUCACGCUGCUCAAGCGUUGGGUGCACAGAGACGCUCAACACGCCACAACGGACAUUUUAACGGCGGUGCUGAAUAAGAUCAAUCGCUUGGAUAUUGUGACUUUGCUGGAAGGGCCCAUAUUUGACUACGGUAACAUUUCAGGCACACGCUGCUUUGCCGAUGAUAUCGCAGUAUUCCCGGAUCAGUCCGAUGGGUACCACAAUGUAGACCUGGAGCUGCGCCUGAGCUCCGCACCCCCGACCCCCGACGACUCGUUCGGCGAGGGCGGCGCCCGCGUAGCCGUAGUAGCCCCCCCGAGCCCCACCGCCCUCCCCCGGCCUAGCGACCUCUCCCUGGCCCGGACCACCGGCGGGACCCUGGCACAGCCCCCCGUAGCGCGGGCGGAGGACAGCGGCUUGACGUCCGGCGAGAGCGGCGCGUCUGGCGAGUGGGCCGACAACGACAGGCGGGCGGCUCAGCAGCGCAGCGCCAAGAUCGAGUUUGAGGGCGCCUACGCCUCGGACCCAGAGACACGUGACGCCAGGAUGGAGGAAGAAGAGGGGGAGGAAGAAGAGGGGGAGGAGAUGACAGAGGAGAGGCUGAGGAGUCUCUUGGAGGACAUCAAGUUGGAGGAGGAAGGCCUGGAGGACGAGGAGAUGACGGAGGAGAAGUUGCACGCCAUCCUUCAGCGAGUCCGACAGGCAGAAAAAGAUUUGUCUUCACUUCCAGGCUGGAGCGGCGACGGCGCCGUGAUGGACCCCGCCCCCUCUGACCUCGGCCCCGCCUCCCAGGAGGGCAGCCCCGACUCGCUGGAGCAGCCGCCGCCUCGCCAGGACCAGCAGGAGGAGGCGGGGCAGUCGCGCAGGAGGGGAGGAGCCAAGGAGGAAGGAGGCGACAGGUCGGGUCUCAGAGUCCAGUGGGCACAAAAUGUCAUGGAUGAUGAUGAUGAUGACGAUGAUGAAGAUGAUGAUUAUGAAGAUGAGGAUGAUGAUGAUGAUGAUGAUGAGGAGGAGGGGGAGGAGGAGUCUAGUUCUGAGGAAGAGACCACCGUCACCACCCGAGUCUUUCACAGGCGCCUCAUUCUCAAGGGGGAGGAGGCCCGCCAGGCUCCCGGUGAGUCGGUGACGGAGCAUCAGUUCACCGACCAGCACGGCAAUCUGGUCACACGGAAAGUGAUCAGGAAGGUGGUGCGUCGGGUGGUGGGCGGCGGCUCGGAGAAAAACAGAAAAGAUGGCGAGGAAGGCGCCGCCGGGAAGGGCAAGGGGAGGGGCAAGCGGCAGGCGGAAAGUUCCGGAGAGCCCGACAAUGGCAACAACAACAACAACAACAACGCGGCCAGGAAGAGUCACUCGUAACAGCCAAACUCCUGACGCCAGCAGGUCCUCUGACGUGCACCUGUGUCUCUCUCUCUCUCACACACACACACACACACACGCACACACACACACACACACACACACACACACACACACACACACACACACACGAGCUGGGAGGGAAAAUGACUCAGCAUGGUUUUUAACAGC